AAUUCCAGAUGGCCAUGGCACCUGGGCCAGCUUGGAUGCCUCGCCGGACGGGAGCGCAGCGUUCCUUGGAGAAAGCCUUCCAGGGGUUGACCAAGCUACAACAGCUGGUGUGCCAACCUCAGAUGGGGCUUCGGAAUAGCCCACCUCACCUGCCCUCCCUCCUGCCCCGGAUUUACCAGCACCUGAGGCUUAUCCGGGAGCACUACGGGAUGGGUUUGGCCCAGCUCUGGGAAUCCGAAUUCUUUCGGAUCUUCGUCUUGAAUCUGCUGGAAAAGAUUAAGCAAGCCACCCGGCUGUUCAAAAGAGGGAAAGACAAGGGGGAGAUUUUUCAGGAAGGCUCGGCUGCCAGGAGGAAUCUAACAAAGCUUUCCCUGAUCUUCAGUCACAUGUUGGCUGAACUACAAGCCGUGUUUCCCAACAGGGAGGACCAAGGCAGCACGUACCAGCUGAGCAAGCAAGAGGCCCACGUCUUCUGGAGGGGCACCUGGGGGGAACGCACUGUGUUGGCUUUUUUUGGCAGCUGCAUCCGUUCUUUCUUUCUUCUCCGUAGGAGCCUGGUUCCCUGGUCUGAAUUUCAAAAAGGUCUCCAGCAGGUCCAUCCAGUAGAUUCUGGUCCGAUGGCCACAGCCUUGAAGUCCACCAUCGACCUGACCUGCAGUGGCCACAUCUCCAUAUUUGAAUUUGACAUUUUCACUCGUCUCUUCCAGCCUUGGCCAUCCUUGUUGAAGAACUGGACGUAUCUAGCGGUAACACAUCCAGGUUACAUGGCGUUCCUCACCUAUGACGAGGUGAAGACACGGUUGCAGGCAUAUGUCAACAAACCUGGCAGUUACAUUUUCCGGCUCAGUUGCACCCGGCUGGGCCAGUGGGCAAUCGGCUACGUGACGACAGAUGGAGGCAUCUUGCAAACCAUCCCACAGAACAAGUCCCUCUUCCAGGCCCUGGUGGAUGGACAGAAGGAAGGCUUCUACCUGUAUCCGGAUGGGAAAAAGUACCACUGUAUUUUGACUCCAGUUUCACACCUCGGCCUGCCUCUUCUUCCUCUGCAGGAACAGUUUGAGCUCUACAGCCAGGUGGAAUCCACCUUCCAGCUUUGCAAAAUCUGCGCUGAGAACAACAAGGAUGUCCAGAUUCGGCCUUGCGGGCAUCUUCUCUGCCGGGAGUGCCUUAGGUCAUGGCAGACGAUCUGGGGCCACGAAGAGGUGGAGGUCAGCCCUUACAGCUCCCCGGAAGGGAGCCCGACAGCCAAGGACGAGAGCGACGAGGGGGACCUGGAAGACGUGGACAUGGUGUUACAACAGCUGAUGCUCAUGCGCCAGACACAAGGGGUCAGUGGGAGAUGA